AUGUCUGAAGGAUAUAAACUUGGUGAUCUGGUUUGGGCGAAAAUGAAGGGUUUCAGCCCGUGGCCCGGCCGGGUAGCUAUUCCCACACCUGAGUUGAAGCCACCAAAGAAAGCCACUAAUAUGCAGUGCAUUUACUUCUUUGGUACUAAUAACUACGCGUGGAUUGAGGACCACAACAUCAAGCCGUACAACGAGUUCAAGGAGACUCUGAUCAAGUCUUGCAAGACCGCAGCUUUCAAGGAGGCCGUGGCCCAGAUUGAAGAUUUCAUCGUUAAUCCAGAGAAAUUCGGUGAUUUGGACGACCACGCGCGCUCUGCUGAGGAGGAGUUCGAUAAGCUUAAGGACGCCCUCGAAGGCGCCGAGGAGGAAGACGAUAAAGACGAAAAGAGCGACACCUUGCUCGAAGAGAAGAAAAAGAAGAGUUCUACACCUAAGAUACGUUUGGGUUCAAAGGUGAAACCAAUAAAGCGGUCCUCCUCCGGCGGGACGAAAGGCACUCCUCGCAAAAAGGCCAAGAGCAGUCUCUCCCGGUCCCUCACUGACACGGACCUGGAGAGGGAAAAACCGUCAAUGCUGAAUCAUUCCUUCUCGAAAAAAUCCAGUUUACUGCAUCGUCCUUCGAAUAUUUUGCGGCCUGAAACGCCACCUCUAGACCUGGAGAACGUGUCAGAAACGCUUCUGGAGAAGAAGAUCCAAGCCAGUCAGAUGAAGUUCGGUUUCCUCGGUCUGGGCAUCAUGGGCUCUGGCAUUGUGAAGAAUUUACUCAAUUCAGGGCACAAGGUCAUCGUGUGGAACCGCACUGCUGCCAAGUGCAAAGAUUUCGAGAAGGUGGGCGCGACUAUCGCAGUGACACCAUGCGACGUCGUGGAAGAGGCGGACAUCACCUUCUCCUGCGUCGCAGACCCUCAGGCUGCUAAAGAGAUGGUGUUCGGAAAUUGCGGCGUGCUGCACUGUCCGUCGUUGGAGAUGAAAGGUUACGUGGAGAUGACGUCCAUCGACGCAGACACAUCGCAUGAUAUCGUCGAGGCCAUCAGCGGCAAAGGCGGCCGCUACCUCGAGGCACAGAUCCAAGGAUCAAAAACGCAAGCAGAAGAAGGCACUCUGAUAAUCCUAGCGGCGGGCGACAGGUCGCUGUUCGACGACUGCCAGAGCUGCUUCAAGGCGAUGAGCAAGAACUCCUUUUACCUCGGUAGCGACAUCGGCAACGCGUCGAAGAUGAACUCCGUGCUGCAGGUGGUGGGCGGCGUGUCGCUGGCGGCGCUGGCCGAGGGGCUGGCGCUGGCCGACCGCGCGGGGCUCAACCAGGCCGACCUGCUGGACGUGCUGGCGCUCACGCCGCUGGCCUCGCCGCACCUCAUCCUCAAGGGACGCGCCAUGAUCGAGUCGUCGUACUCCACGCACCAGCCGCUGACGCACAUGCAGAAGGACCUGAAGCUGGCGCUGGGGCUGGGCGACGCGCUGGAGCAGUCGCUGCCGCUCACGGCCACCACCAACGAGAUCUUCAAGCACGCCAAGCGGCUCGGCUACGCGAACCACGACGUGGCCGCCGUCUACAUCCGGGCGAGGUUCUGAAUGCGUUUAAAGAAACUAUUCAAACAUUUGACAAACAUUUGAUCAAUUGUGUUAUAUUUGAUUGUUUUAUACUAAAUAACUACAAUUUGUCUGUGUUGAUCGCAUUUUAUUAAGUUAUUAGUUAGCAAAGAGGACACUGCUUUAUAAUCGAUUAAACAAUAACAGUUAUGUAGACCACGUAGAAAGACUGCAUCAUAAUCUGUGCAAUAAGGACUGUUAAGAAUUAUGAAACUGUGAAGCAAAACAUAAAUCAUCAUUGGAAGUCCCGUUCCCAUGUAUACCAUCGGCGGGUCGUAUCGACGGCCUUAUUCAGGAGGAAUACGUUAACACGUUUCUCAAUAUGAAAUUAAAAAUUGACAAUAUUUUCUUUUUAUGUAGUAAUUUGUUUUUACAGUGUCCUGACUCUCCAAUGCGACUUAGUUGUAUAAAAUUCUAGUGUUAAGGAUUUAAUUUUUUCAUCUGAUACGAACGCAAUGAAAUUGAACGUGUUUUUAAGUGACUUUGAGGUGAAUAAAGUGCAAAAUCACGUAUUUUAACGAUUACAUUAGCACCUUUUAGUUUUCCAUAAACUUUUAUAUGGACUGUUACAAGAGUUAUGUUCAGUAGCAGAGAAAGUUUUCUUUAAAUUGAUGAACAAUUGGCAUGCGGUCACCUAAAACUUUUUUCUCUGCCUUUCUAUAUGCAAUUUAGUAUAAUAUUGUAUGUGCUGUUUAGUAUAUAGCAUUGGCAAUGUGAAGAGAAUGUUCUCGUUUUUUCUGCAUAUUUGUGUAAUGUUCUAUAGGUAUGUAUUUAAUAACUGAUAUUUUAAUUUUCUAUUAGUUUAUAGAACAAAAUAAUGUAUGUUUAUUUUACUAAGUUUUACUCAAGAGCAACUUGUGCUCUUAUUUUCUUCUCUACCUUCAAAUACUAAUAGUAAGUACCUUAAAUAAAAGAUUAUGCCAAUUUUUAUUGAAUGUCUAUAAAAAAGAAAAUAAAUCACAUGUUGUAAAUGUCGUCAUGUAUUAUAUGUCAUGAUCAGAUGAAGUUAAUACACA